UAUGACGUUCAGACAGACUCUCCUUAUUCACACACAGAUCGUGCUGCUUUAUAACUCGGUGUUUGACAGAAGAGAGGUAAAGAUGAUGUCUUUUAGAUUUCCCUUCACGGCUGACAAGACUGUGAAGAACAGGGCACUGAUCGUGUCUGUGGAGAACUUCUAUUCAGAUGCAGAUCUGAAGAAGAGGAACGGGGUGAAGAGAGACACUAGAAGACUUCACAAGAUCCUCAGCAAGCUCGGCUUCUCUGUGGACAUCAGAAUGGACCUUGAAGCACAUGAGAUUUAUGAAGCAUUUAAAGCAGAGAGCGAGAAGACGGUCAAAGACUGUUUUGUGGGCAUCAUAUCCAGUCACGGUGAGGAGGGAGUUGUGUUUGGCGCUGAUGGACGUGCUGUGAAACUAGCAGAGAUCUACAGCUACUUUGAAAGCCCUUCAAUGGCAGACAAGAGCAAACUCUUCCUCAUUCAGGCUUGUCGAGGGCAUGGUUUGGAUGGAGGUGUGGAGGUGGAGACAGAUUCUUCAUUCUCAGACGAAGAGGACAAAAACAAAAACGCUUGUCGAGGGCAUGGUUUGGAUGGAGGUGUGGAGGUGGAGGCAGAUUCUUCAUUCUCUGAGGAAGAGGACGGCAUGGUUGAGCUCUUUUCCAUCCCUAUUGACACAGCAGUCAUGUACGCCACAUCUCCAGGGUACGGUGCAUUCAUGCAUCCUCUGGGCUCGGCGUUGAUUCAAACCCUCUGUGAUUUGCUAGAAAAGGAGGGAGGUCCAGAUCUGGAGAUCACGAGACUUCUGACACAACUGAACUAUCAGGUGGCCUACAACUUUGAAUCCAGAGGGAAACUGCUGGGAGGAAAAAAGCAGAUGCCAUGUUUUGUGACCCGCUUCACCAGAGAGGUUUUCCCAUUCAUGGACAGUCAGACGGCAGAAGAAGAUUUGAGCUUGACCUUUGCAGCAAUGCAGCUUGUCGAUGAACCCAGGAGGUCACGGAAGAGCUCCAUCGGCUGAAGAUCGCAGAACAGAGACUGACGGCAAAGAACAUGUAGACAAACUGAUUC